AAGAUCCAUCAAAAUCAUCACCAUCUUCAACAUUACAAGAAAACACACAUACACACAGACUUCUUUGAUUUCCUCGCCUCUGAUCAGUGUGAUCACCAAGUUACAUUCAAGGACAAAAAAGAAUGGGAAUCCUUAUUGAAGAAACCUUAAGCGCCAACUCCAAAUCCCAAACUGUUAUUGAUGAUGAUAAUGAGUUGGGUUUGAUGGCCGUGAGACUAGCCAAUGCCGCAGCCUUUCCAAUGGUUCUCAAAGCUGCUCUUGAGCUCGGUGUCUUUGACAUUCUUUACGCCGAAGCAGCUCGCACCAACUCGUUCCUCUCACCAUCUGAGAUAGCGAGUAGGCUACCAACUACACCACGUAACCCUGAGGCCCCGGUUUUGUUGGACCGGAUGCUUCGUCUACUUGCUAGCUACUCCAUGGUCAAAUGCAGUAAGGUCUCAUCCGGGAAGGAAGAGAGAGUCUAUAGAGCCGAGCCAAUUUGUAGAUUUUUCUUGAAAGAUAACAUUCAAGAUAUUGGAUCCCUUGCUUCUCAAGUCAUUGUGAAUUUCGACAGUGUCUUCCUCAACACUUGGGCACAAUUAAAAGAUGUGGUGCUAGAAGGAGGAGAUGCAUUUGGCCGUGCACAUGGUGGCAUGAAACUCUUCGACUAUAUGGGAACAGAUGAGAGAUUUAGCAAGCUCUUUAACCAAACCGGAUUUACAAUUGCGGUUGUGAAGAAGGCUCUUGAAGUUUACCAAGGCUUCAAAGAUGUGAAUGUGUUGGUUGAUGUUGGAGGUGGGGUUGGUAACACCCUUGGUGUUGUUACUUCUAAGUAUCCAAAUAUUAAGGGUAUCAACUUUGAUCUGACUUGUGCCUUGGCACAAGCACCUUCUUACCCUGGGGUGGAACAUGUCCCUGGAGAUAUGUUCGUGGAUGUUCCAAAAGGAGAUGCCAUGAUCUUGAAACGUAUACUUCAUGAUUGGACCGACGAAGAUUGCAUUAAGAUUCUUAAGAAUUGCUGGAAAUCACUACCGGAGAACGGUAAAGUUGUUGUCAUAGAACUAGUCACUCCUGAUGACGCUGAGAAUGGAGAUAUCAAUGCGAACAUUGCCUUUGAUAUGGACAUGUUGAUGUUCACACAAUGUUCCGGGGGAAAAGAGAGAUCACGAGCUGAGUUUGAAGCUUUAGCCAUGGAAGCAGGCUUUACUCAUUGCAAGUUCGUUUGUCAAGCUUACCACUGCUGGAUUAUUGAGUUUUGCAAAUAAAAUGUGUUGUAUAUAAUACUAAAUCUUCAACAGUUUGUCGAUUUCAUCUUUGUUUCAGUUCCUUGUUUGAGUGUGACUUUGUCAUUGACUCCAAAGCAAUGAAAUAAAAAAACAUCUCUUUGCUACAA